GUCAUUUUCGUUUGCCGCUUGUCAUUCCAUGAAUUUACGUUUUUGUACCGAAAGACUUAGAAUUUGUUAAAGAAAAUUAGAAAUUAAUUGUUAGUAAUGGCUUUUAUGGGUGAUAUAACGGGACCGUCGCCGCUUUGGGGACAUGGGCCCGCUCCGGGUUCGUUCUACAACUUCCCUGGAAACGCUGCGAGUGCAGCUCCAACACGCGCCUGUGUCCGAGAUUUCAGGGCUCACUCAGCACAGCCAAUUACAACCACAACAACAGUGAUUGGAGUGAAGUUCGACAAAGGAUGCGUGCUCGCAGCUGAUACACUAGGCUCAUACGGCUCCCUGGCCCGCUUCCGUGACUGUCCGCGCAUCAUGAAGGUCAACGACAACAUCCUGCUGGGGUCUGGUGGGGAUUACGCUGACUUCCAGUACUUGAAGGAUAUUAUUGAGCAGAAAAUUAUUGAUGAGCAAUGCAUCGGUGAUGGUCUGCAACUGAAGCCGCGCUCGCUGCACUGCUGGCUGACCCGUGUGCUCUACAACAAACGCAGUAAGAUGGACCCCUUGUGGAACAACUACAUCGUUGCUGGUAUUCAGGAUGGAGAGCCGUUCAUGGGCACAGUAGACAAACUGGGCACAGCAUAUGAAGACUCUGUGAUAGCUACUGGUCUUGGAGCAUACAUGGCCACACCCCUGCUGCGUGAUUCUAUGGAGAAGGGACCACUUGACGAGGAGGCGGCUAAGAAUUUAGUCCGCAAAUGCAUGGAGGUGUUGUUCUAUCGUGAUGCGCGUGCGUUCCAGCGGUACCAGAUAGGCGUGGUGACCGCGACCGGCGUGGAGGUCUCCGCCCCCGUCGAACUGAAGCCCGACUGGUCCGUCGCGCACAUGAUACAAAUGAAGUGAAUUGUAUUAACGUUUAUUAUUAAAAUCUCCUUAAUCUAAA